GUGAUGGUGAGGACAUAGUGCAGAGUGAACGGGUUACUGUGGUUUGACGCAGGAAUGGUUAAUGGGAGAGCAGGUGGAGAGACAUGCAGACGGAUGAGCAGCGGAGGAGUCUCACACUCAGCUGCCGGAGCCGGAGGAGCAAACAAAGAUCGUCGACUAUUUGUCUGCAGCGGGAGAGACGGGUGUGAUUCCAGCACACAGGCAGCGACACAACACACACACACACACACAUAUAUACACACACACACACACACACACACACACGGCUCUGUAUAUAAAACCCCAACGCGCCUGUUCGAGCGGACAGGGAUGCUGUCUCCGCCCGCCUGGGUCGUGGAACGGGACGCCGGUGAAUAAUACCCGCGGUCGGUCGGCGCAUCGCUGGUAUAAAUGACUUGAGAAACUCUCGUCGAAGUGAGCGGACGGAGAAACGCGGCUUUUUCUAAUGGGAGAUGAAUGUGACCGGGAAACAGAAAGCUGAGCUGACCGAGCGACCCGCCAGCCUCCCGCUGCCAACUUCGACAAAAUCUGGAAUUGCUUUGCUGUACAAUGAGGAGACCAACAAUACCUAUGAUGUCUGCCUGAAACUGACCAAAGAGGUAUUAACCAUACAGAAGCUGGAUGUGGUUUGCACAAGUGGAAGUGAAUCCCAAUUAAACCACAGAACUGUUGUACUGCGAAGACAAGCGACCGGCGGUCUGGGUUUAAGCAUCAAAGGAGGUGCAGAGCACAACGUUCCCGUGGUCAUUUCAAAGAUUUUCAAAGAUCAAGUUGCCGAUCAGUCGGGGAAGCUAUUCGUCGGGGAUGCUGUGUUGCAGGUCAAUGGCAUAAAUGUAGAACACUGUACCCAUGAGGAAGUUGUUCACCUCCUGCGUACUGCAGGAGAUGAGGUCACCAUCACUGUUCGCUAUCUGCGAGAAAUGCCAUCAUUUCUAAAGCUGCCUCUCGGUUCUCCUGGGCCGUCCACGGAUCACAGCAGAGUAUCUUCUCCCCUCUUUGACAGCGGUUUACAUUUAAAUGGAAACGGAAACAACACAGCUCCAUCACCUCCUUCGCCCUCUGCUAAUGAACCAAAGUAUGAGAAGCGCUGGUUGGAUGCCGUCUCCCUGCCCUUGUUGAUGGCCAGAGUCUCCAGGUACAAAGCUGGCACAGAUAAAUUAAGGUCCAACUGUUUUGAAGUCUUCGCCUUGGACGGAGCCAGCACCAAUAUUCUUCAAUUUUGCACUGCAGCAGAAAGUACCGACUGGCUCCAAGCAAUAUCCUCAAAUAUCAAUGACUUGACACAAGAAAAUAUAAAGAUCAUCAAUAAAUACUGUGCUUCAGAUGAUCAGAGUGGUGGAAGUGUGUGCAUGUCAUCCUCUCCAUCUUUCCAGAUUGUUCACAUGGGCUGGGCGUGUGAAAGCCCAGAGGGCAGCACUGCUGGUCCAACUGCAGCGUUCAAGUUCCUGGCUCUGAGAGGACCUUAUUUUUAUAUCUUCACAAGUCCCCCGAUCAGUGCCGCUGACUGGGGACAAGCUGAAACAACGUAUAACCUCUAUGAGGUUCUUUUCAAGGUUCACAAGCUGUGGUUGGCGGAGGACUGCUGGCUCCAGGCGAGGCUCUACUUGGGGCUGGAGCAUUCACCUGAGCAGCAGGAAAACGAGUGUCUGAGCUUCAGCAUUCUGGUCGGCCACGGCCAGAGCCACACCUUCAGGGUCGAGCUGGCCACCGACCUGGCUAUCUGGGAGAAGUCCUUCCAAAGAGCUGUCUUCUUGGAAGUGCAGCGAAUACGAUCCAAAAGCUACACGUGCAGCAGCCAGGGGAAUGUGCUGUGCUUCACCAUAGACUUUGGAUCGGGCUUCACCUGCUCAGAAGGCUCUUCAAAGAGCGUGAUGUGGCGAUAUAAAUUCUCUCAACUUAAAGGCUCCUCUGAUGAUGGGAAAACCAGGGUAAAACUCCUUUUCAAGAAUGCUGAGAGCAAGCAGAUAGAAAUGAAGGAACUGGAGUUUGCUAAUCUGACAGCUGUCCUUCACUGCAUACAUUCUUUUAUCGCUGCCAAAGUUGCCUCCAUGGACCCUCUCUUUAUGUGCAGUCAAAGCUUCCCCGGAAAUUACAUGAACAGUUAAGAACUCAUCGUCAUGUGCACCCGAGGCAGUAUUUUAUGCACAGAGCCAGCUGAUAUGUAUAUCUUGUUCUUGCUAUUUUUGUAUGAACUCCUGAUAAACAAAUGUUUGUAAAAGAUAGUAGAAUAGAUAAUGUAUGAAAAAUGGUUGGAGGAAGAUGUUGUUUAAUUUUUUUCAUUAUUAAUUGAAUUUCUGCGCAAAAAAGUUGUUCCUUUCAAUACAUAUGAACACCGAUUCUGAUUGCAGGGGUCUAAUCUGGCACCAGUGACCAAACGGUGUGAAACUGCCAAACAAUUGACAGCAUGACACAGAUUUCCAGAUACAUCAACUGUUACUGUGAUUAGCAGAAAAUCGAUGAAAAGUUUUUCCUCUUGUGAGAAAUUACUUUUUCUCUGACUACAUGAAUCUGAUGCUGGUUAACUAUGACAAAAAAGUUCACAUCUGCCUCAGACUCUUUCCUUUCAAUUCACUACAGAGCUGUAAUGAAACACGUUUCUUUGUUCCCAGCUCCUCUGCUUCACUUACUUUUCUUUUGUCUGUGAAGAGGGAGAGAAAAUAACACAAACACUUCACAAUAUAAUGCAGUACAAUUAUCCUCCAAAUAACUGAUCACUCAGACGAAACACACAAAUCUUCACAGAGUGUACUGUUGGACUACUUAUUGUUUUAUGGAACUGUGAAAUGGUCAAUACAUGUUUAUGAGCAUCACAAAAUGUAUUGUCCAACAAUAUUUCUCUUGUCUAGUCUAAAGAAGCACUAACAAUUAUUUAAUCUGGAUUUAUUUGUUAUGGCAGCAAACAGGAAGUAAUCUUGCUUAGCCAGCAGAAGUUCAUGGUAUGCAUGAUCUCGCACAAGCUGGUUAAAGCUAGGGUGGUAAUCCUGCAAAAGUUAGCAAGAGCAGACCACACUGUGAAAAAAUGCAACAGAUACAUCCCAACCCCUCCCAUCAGCCCUCUCGUCAAAGCUACGCCCCCAAAACACAUGAACGCACACUGCAUGACAACCGCUAGAAGACAAAUUUUCUGUGACUUGCUUGCAAAUUUCCGGCUAUCAUCUCUGCUUCAGCGGUGUGUGUCUCGCUGACCAAAGACUUCGGCCAUAUGCAGUGAGAGAUCGGGCAGGGCGCGUACCAGCAGUUAGUGAGCCAGUACGACAGCCAAUCAUUUCAUUCAGUCUCUCUUGCGAGGGCCGCAGUCACCAGCUUUUUUUACUUUUGUUUUUAGACUUUAUUUAUUGAUGGCGAUUAGUCUUUUAAGCUAUUUAGUAUUCAACAAAUAAGGUAUAAAGUGUGUAAGAAACAACUUACCAACCCUACCUUUAACACAGUGUGUGCUGCCAGUACACCGUGAAAAACCAGAUCCCCAGCUGGUGAGUAAUGACAGUAGAUUGUUGGCCAAACUAGAAGACACAGGAGGCAGCACUUCACAUGAAGUCUUUCCCUCACUUCACCAAAAAGAAUGGACUCCUUUUGUGGUUUCAUCUUUGUUUAUUUUAUUAUCAACCAGUCAAGCAGGCACAGCCCUACCGUGUGUCAAAUGUUAACAAAUAAGCCUGGAGGACAUCCACCAUGUAAGAGCGAGUCCAAAAAGACCUAAACAUGCUGAAUGGGUUACAUUACUCACACCAUUUACUGCCAAGGAAUAUAGUUUGGGUUUGUUCUGGUGUGUUGAUGAGACCGGUAUGGUAACCACAUGGUAGUUUUAUUCUCUUCACUAACCCUGGUAUUUUAUUGAUUGAGUGUUACACUUCAAAUAAAACCAACAGGACAAUGGUUGUCUGUUUUAAUUAGGUCAUUAAUUUAAUUAGGUACCUGCCCGAUCCAGUAGCACUGGGCAUGGCUGGCGCUGGGAACCGUCGCCCUCUUUUUUCAAUUUUGACUUUUAUGCUAGUGACAAUGUCAGUCACAGAGGAAACAGGGUUAUUUAGAGAAUCUGUGAUCACAGCUCAUCAGUGAGCUGAAUCUGACAUGAUUAUACCUUUGGCGUGUCUUUGUUUAAUGAAUACAAAAUAAACCCUCAUAUGUUGAAAA